UAAGCUCUGUGCGCAGAAUCGGCUCCGGAGCCGUCGUCAGGGCCCGGGCGCUGAGGCGGCGGGUUGUUUACCGGCGCUCGACCGCCGCCACAGGAGGGAGGGAGAGGCAGGGGCAGCGGAAGCGGAGCGGGGCAGGAGGGAGGGGGACGGGACUGUUGGCUGGGAAGCAGCGGAGCGGAGGUCGGCGAGCGACGGCCGGGCGUUUUGCUGAGGCAGCGAGGAUGAUGGAGCAUCACCAGGCCUGCAGCCGCUACCGGGCGCUGCAUAAUGAGGAUGAUUCUCCAGAGACGCCUGAAGCAGUGCAGACAAAUGUUCCCACAGACUCUCCUCAGACAGUACCAUCUGAGAGAGAGGUACCACCACCGCCUUACAGCAGUGUGUCAUUGGGAGCAACUGCAUCAGCCCCAGAAGCAGACUUCCCAAGUGAUCUGAUGCCAGUGCCACCACCUUAUAGCGUUGCUACCUCCCUGCCGACUUACGAUGAAGCAGAAAAAGCAAAGGCAGCUGCAAUGGCAGCUGGGGCAGGAGAAACCGGACAAAGAGAGGAAGAUUUUCCACCAAGAGAUGACUUCAAUGAUGCUGACCAGUUGAGAGUUGGCAACGAUGGCAUUUUCAUGUUAGCAUUUUUCAUGGCAUUCCUGUUUAACUGGAUUGGCUUUUGUCUCUCAUUCUGCCUCACCAACACCAUAGCAGGCCGUUAUGGUGCAAUUUGUGGGUUUGGAUUGUCGCUGAUAAAAUGGAUCCUGAUUGUAAGGUUUUCUGAUUAUUUCAAUGGCUAUUUCAAUGGUCAGUAUUGGCUUUGGUGGAUAUUCCUUGUUCUUGGGCUGCUGCUGUUUUUCAGAGGUUUUAUCAACUACCUGAAAAUCAGAAACAUGUCUGAGAACAUGGCUGCAGCACACAGGACCAGACUUUUCUUCUUGUACUAGAGAAGUGUGCAACUGUAGAAGAUGGGAAAGGAAAUGAGGAAGAUGAAGGAAAUCCCAAAUGAUUAACCUUAUAAUUUUGUAUCUUCUAGAAUGUGGCUAAUGAGCAACUUGAACAUUCCUUCCUAAUGUGAAAUGUCCAGAUAUGCUUCAAGCUGCCAAGUUAUUUGCUUGUAAAACUACUGAAGAAUAAACAAGAUGAGUUACCACAAAAUCUAAGCAAAGUACUGAAUUGAAAGGCUCAUUAUAAAUUGAGUCAGUUUUCUGAAUUGCUUGAUGGUUGGAACUUAUCCUGUCAAAUUUGAAAUAAAAAGUGAAUAUACACAAAGCCCUUUUGAAAUAUUAACAAGUUCUAAUCUACAAACUGCUACUCAAGACCUAGUGAAGCUAUCCCUGUUCCAAGAUGUUUAUCCCAUAGAUGCUGAUAUGUUUGUAACUGGAUAUCCAAAGGGCUUUGCCUUUUGCCUACCUAGCCAUGAUUUUGGAAAAAAAGUUUUUAGAAUUAUUUAAAAUGAUUGAGACUUAAAAGCAGCUCUUUUCCUUAUUAAGCUGGUAUACUUGGGGUGGGGGGGGGAAGUUUACUGGAUUUGGACUUAGAGGUCUGUUGACUUUCUUGACAUGCCUUUAUAACACUUCCAGAGCAGGAAGUAAUUCCACAUAUUUGUAUGGUUUUAAGCUUUUGAAAUGGCUUUGCUGGUUUAUUUUCAUUAUUCACUUUUUACAAUUGACUAUUGCAUGACAUGAAACUGCUUUGCUAACACAACUAUUCUCUUAUCGGCUCAAAUGUUGCAUCAAAUUGCUAGAAAAAUGUAACUGGAACUUAAUUUUAACUUUGAGGUAAAUUGUUGCAAUAGCUUUUUACACCCUGUUAUAAACAUGCUUCAUUUGCCUGAUUUUCUUUUAAAGUUGAUCAUCAAAUCAAAUGACUUUUUUGCAAGGAUUAUUCAUUUCAAUUUAUGCUUUUUAAAAAAAAAAUUACUUGAAAGGAAGUCAUAAAGAAAGUCGAGGGUAAUUUAAGAGUAUCUGAAAUUAAUGAUGGUGAUUUGUUGAGUUUGCAAAAGAUGUAAGUGCAGAAUUCUGCACACAAAGUUUGAUGAAAAAUAAAUGCUGAUUUGAUAAUUUA